AUGUUCGAACAGAUAGCGUUUCUGCCCACGUGGUUCCUGAUGGCGUGGCUGGGGGUCUGCGUGCUCUUCAGUCCGUUCGCUGUGUUCUUCGUGGUGUGUCUACCGCAACUACCGCUCCUAGUCUCGUAUCUAGGUAAGCGUAGCUUCGGUGGUGGCAACCGAGGUCCGCAGCCGCAACCACCUGGUCACCAUUCUACCACCACUCGCCGUAGCGUGAACAUGGUGAACCUCUCAGUGCGCUUACUGACUGUAUUUGCGGUCGGGGUAUUAGCGGACCCUGCGCCCGGGAGGUUUCCGAAAGUGUACAACGCCCUUAUCACGUCAAAUCAGAACUUGGAGCCGAGUAAGGCGUUCCCUGUAUAUCAGCCAGUUCUCCACCAGGCAUUUUCGUUUCCGUUCCAAGACGCACUCUUCUAUGGUGACUUCCCAGCAAAUAACGGUUUUAUUCCACCUGUUGAAACCAGAGACCCACAACCAUCAGAAGCUACCCCAACAGUAGCACCUGAGAGUGUCAGUGAACAGGCUCCUUCUUCCACCGAAACACCACCAGCACCAUCUCCGGAAACUAGCAGUCCUGCUCCUAGCGAAGAUGAUAAGACAGCAGCACCAUCACUUCCGCCGUUACCAAGCACUCAAUCCCCUAUUCCUUUGAACGAAUUUGGUCUUCCACCUCAAGUACUUCCUAUAGGACGACUCGAUGGUUUUGGUAGCCCGGCAUACGGAGGUUUUUCUCAAAUCGGGCCAUACCCAUAUUCAUUCCCCGGUUUGAGAUUCUACGACCCCUUCGACUCUUUCUCGAUUAAUUCUUUUCCUAAUUUCCCUUUGUACAGACCUCUUACCAAUGUUUUGGGUCAAAACGUUCCGCUCAUUCCUAAUAACGGGCCGAGCGAGGCCCCUGCCACCGAAGCUAGUAUUCAAAGUACGGAAAAAUCGGUACAAACUCCCCCUCCUGAGCCAAGCGAUCUUAACGUCUUAAAUUACUCAUCGAAGGAUCCCACGAUACCUGACGUACCACCACCACCGUUGCCGCAAGGAGGAUUGAAAUCUGACAAAACCGAAUAGUUUAAAAUACUCGUAGCAUGUAGCUUAAUUUUUUUUUUUACAUCGAAUUGUGGUACAGCAUAAAUUAGGCGAAACACCUGAAUUUAACGUAAGUAUGCGAAAGUGCAUACACGCAUGACGAAAUGUAAAGUAAGACAUAAAAGUUCCUGGUAAAUUUUA